AUGAUUUCAAUCCAUUUGUCAAGAGGAGGAGCAGGCGGCGUCCAGGAGGAAGAGGUCGUCGGCGUUGGAGCAGAAGCCGAUGAUGAACGGGAUGCCCUCGAGCACGGAGCUGUACCCCGACCGGACCGAGGUGGCGGACCACCGCCGAGCCAAAAGGGCGUCGUCAACACGCUUUCCGACGCGGCCGCUCGGCCGGAGCAAGCUUCCCUGUGCAAGCAGGGAGCGAAGGAGCGGCGGAGGCGAGCUGUCUGUGAUGCCAUCCCAUUACUCUUGUUUGAGUUUUAA